CGGGCGGGAAGAAGUAGAGAGAAAGAGAGGCGGUGUGCUUCACAGCUCUGACUGUCCGCUUUACUUUCGCGGACCCAGAAGGAGAAGGACACCCAGCGGGUCUUUUGAUUUUUGAUUUUGGAUUUUUAGCAGAGUCUCACUUGGACUUGAGCAGAACGGAGCUGAGCCCAGUCUUCAGAACUUCGGACAGCGACUCAGCGCUCCCAAGCAGCGUGACUCCGGCUCCGGCUCCGGUUCCGGAUAUGCUGUUGUCCCCCCCCCCCCCCGCCCCACACCCCCCUCACCGCCCUUGCGUCAUGGGCUGCAGCGGGCUUUAGUUCAGUUCAUGAGCAAUGACAGCACCCAGAGUUACAUUCAGCAUGAAGGCUGCACACGGGACUGAGCGAAUAGGAGAACAAUCGAUGGCGAAACUUACGUAGGCCUGAAUUUUCUGCAAAGCCGAAUCAGAGUUGCCUUUCACAAAAUUCGAAGACUUUGUCUUGUCUUCUGCGCACCAUGGGGAUAAGACACCUUCUGUUACUUCUCAUUUAUCUGGAUCCGCUGAGUGUGCUGAGUGCGGCCACGGGUGGUAAAAAAACGAAACAGACGAACAGGAAGACUCCCAAAGCCACAGCGGCGCCCACGGUGGCCCCGCAGCCGAAGACGCCGCAGCCCGCACCGGCCAGCAACCACGACACCUGCCUGGGUUAUUACGACGUCAGCGGCCAGUAUGACAAAAUGUUCGAAUGCAACAACACGGACCACCGCUACUGCUGCGGGACUUGCUACCUGCGCUUCUGCUGCGAGUAUAAGAAAGACAAACUGGACCAAAAAGCCUGCAAGAACUACCAAACGCCGGUGUGGGUGCAGACGGCCGCCCCGUCCCCAGUACCGACGGGGGAGACUUUUGAGGGCAUGGACCAGACCAAUACGGCGGUCUACAUCACCUGUGGGAUCAUAGCCUUCAUCAUCGUGAUGGGAGUGUCGGUCAAAGUUGCUUACGACAAAGCCACAGAACCGCCACAAGAGAUGAAUAUACACAGGGCCCUUGCUGACAUCCUGAGGCAACAGGGGCCCAUUCCCAUUUCUCAAUAUGACUGUGAGAACUUUGCGGCGAUGAACGGCUCAUCCAAAGACAACACUCCAGUCAGAACCUCGUCCAAGAACCACUACACUCCUGUUCACACCUCAAAAUCCAACCACGGUCACUAUGGGAAGGAGAGUGUGCGGAGCAGUGGUGGUGCGGACCUUCACAACUUCAUCUCCUCUGGCUUUGUGACAUUAGGGCGAGGUCCUCAGAAAGGAGAAAACCAUUGGCCGGUCCGCUCCCAGAGUCACCAUGGUACCCAUCAGCACAACUAUAACCAUGUGGCUCUAGGUAGCCCCAUACGCACACCUAAGAAUGCCCACCGAUCAUUGAGGCGUGAAAACAAUCGGAUAAGUGGCAUCCUGACCUCGCAGACGGAGCCCUACGACCUGUCUUUUUCACGCUCCUUCCAGAGUCUGUCCCACCUGCCGCCCUCUUACGAGGCGGCCAUCAAAGCCGACCUCAACCGCUUCUCGUCCCUGAAGAAACUGACGGAUAAAGAAGUUGAGGACUACUACACUCGUAAACGCCACCUGCCUGACCUGGCAGCAAGAGGCACUCUUCCCUUGCAUGUUCUCAAAAUCCCUCAAGACCAGCAUCGGGAUCAACAACAGCUUCAGAGUCAGGUUCCACAGUCUUCCAUCUUGCAGGCAACUCCCCAGUCACAGUCCUCCCAGCAAAGACAGAGACCCCGUCGUGUCCAGAGAGCCAUGUCCCAAGAUCGGGUCCUGUCCCCACAGAGAGCCCCACAACAGGAUUACAACACAUCCUCUAAUGGUAUGUCCCCUUAUGGAGGCCGGAUUCUCUCAGACGAACAGCUGCUGUCUGCUGAACGUCUUCGAUCCCAGGAGCGACUGCUUCCGCAGGACCGCCAUACUUCCCAAGAUCGCCUGUACACCAAAGACCGCAUGUACUCCAAGGACCGACUUCUCUCACAGGAUCACCUCUACUCAAAAGACCGCCACUACUCUCAAGAACGACUCUACUCACAAGAUCGCCUGUACUCUCAAGACCGCCUUCUAUCCCAGGAUCCUCUGCUCUCGCCGGACAAGCUGAUGAUGUCGUUGAAGCGUGGCAUGGUCACCAGUAUCUCCGGUGGGUUUUAUGGAAGCGACAAGUCCAUGUCACGUGCCAUCUCGCACACAGAUGUCUUCAUCCCCACCACGCCUCUUCUGGAUCGCUACAAGAUGACCAAAAUGCACUCCCAUCCCAGUGCCUCUAACAACGGCGGCGGUGGAGUCAGCGCCGGAACUCCAGGAGCAGCAGCAGCACCACACUCCAACACUUUAGCAAUGAACCAGACUGUAUCCAAGCGGCAGGCAUUUGCCGCCAGACGGACUCACACUGUGGAGCAGCUCCAAUACGCUCCACAGCAUCUCCAGCAGCAACAACAUCCACAGCACUACCGCACAGGCAGCAAGACUGAGGUGACUGUGUAACGGCAACCAUGGAGUGCCUGAACUGCACAGACAAAAACACAACUGUGUCAUCGGCCUAGGGAGGCCGGUGUGCUCACUACUCUAUUAGAGUAGGGCAGUAGUGAUGUAAAUUUACCUUGACCCAUGUUCCAGGACCAAGAACAUCCACUAUCUUAACACGAGAGACCGGUAAAAUGAGCUACACUGUACACUACAUUCAGAUUAUUUUCAUUUGGGACGUGCAAAAUUCUCACAUUCAUUUGCCGACUAUAGCUCCCAUAUCUUUAUUAUCUUAUUCAUGCACAGACCCUGGCCUCAUUCCAUGUCCUUUCAAGCCUCGACUGACCCCCCUUUUGUCCAGCCAAUCUAUGAACUUUUCUGGCAAAUCUUAAAGGGCUUUGCACAGUGAAACCCACGGGCCAAAUUCCUCCUUGAUUUCUGUGCAACACAGAUGAUGAGCUUGGAUGAACCUGUAAUAACAUUAUAAAUAUAUAAAUAAAUUGAUGAAAAAAAAAACAUUUGUGCACCCUGUCCUACUCAUAACUAUGAAGCA